GGGUGUAGGGCGAAGGUUGGGCGGGAGAGCUCAGACUGCGCUGAUCUGCAGACACCGGAGGCUCCACCCCGGAGCCCGGAAGUGCCUCCGCAGGGCCAGCGCUUAUUGGGUCAGGGCGCAGAGGCGGGGCCCGGCCGGCGCGGUGAUUGGGCGCCGUCCCAGGCCUGCCGCGGCGGGCGAUCCAAGGCGGUCUGGGGCGGGCUGCAUGGGGAGGCGGCGGCGCCGGGUGGACCCGGAGACCGGGGCCGGGGCCUGGACCCUGCCCGAGGUGAUUGCCGCGCUCAGUAGAUCGCUGCCCGCUGGGCCCAGCCCCGAGAUCUUCCGCCGCGCCAAGUUCGACCGUCCGGAGGCGGCCCCCGCGCUCUGGCGGCUCCUUUUCCACGUACUCGCGCCGCUCCCAGCAUAUGGUCCCUCGACCUUGCCCGCCCCGGCCGCGGACCCCGCCCACACGGUGGCGCUGACUCCGCCCACCUUCGUAAGACUCCGCCCCAGAGUCUUGUCCAGCUCCAAGGCCCCGCUUGCAGAGGUUCUGGGACCGCGCACCCAGGGAGGCACUGGCCCUGCUCAACUCCACCCCUGGAGGCUCCAUCCUCUCCCACCCCACCGAAGCCCUGGUUCUGAGGCCCAAGCCCGCUUGGUGAAGGCAGUGCUGCGCUCCCAGGGCUACCCGAGGCCUGUGCUGGCUCAGCUUCCAGAGGAUGGCUCCCAGGGCAGCCGGGAGCUGCUGCUGGCUCUGUCCUGGCUCCUGGCCCGAGAGCCUCUGAUCGAGCGGCUGCUGGUCCAGGCUCGAGUGCAGCUGGGCGACCAGGUGCCUGAGUUCGAGGGUGGAGAGUGGACUAGGGGCUGCCCCUUACUCCCUCUCCAGGGUGAGGCCCUGGCCAGCUGUGGCCCACCUACAUCACACAUGGGAGCACAAGUCCCUACGGACCUCCGCUAUGUGCAGUGGCUGAUGGGAAAGCUGUGGUUCCGGUGGCGGCACCUUAUCUCCAGUCAGCAGGAGCAGUGCACCCUCCUGGGCAAGAUCCACUUAUACACCCGUGGCUGCCACAGUGACCAGGACCUUGGCCAUCUGUCUGUCACUGAAACAGAGAUGCUCAGGGACCCGGAGGGUGGCCAGCAGCUGCUGCGCGCACUGGGCUGGGAGAACGCCCGACUCACGGCGGCUCUGGAAUGGCGGCGCUGGGAGCUGGUGUUCUGGCAGUGGAUGGACACGGUGCCGGGCAUCUGCCCUCCAGAGGGCCCUGCUGCAGCCUCACAGCCCCCGGUUCUGCCCAGGAUCCCGGAGCCAGGGCUUGGCGAGUUGGAGCGAGUAGUGCAGGAGAUGCAGGCCCUGCACGAGGAGCUGCAGGAGGCAGCCACAACGCGGCGAGUGGCCUGGGAGGCCCAGGUUGGAGGCCCGGGCCGGGGGCCACAGUGGAGCGCUGUGCGGAGGGCCUCUCAGGAGGCUGUGGAACAGGAACUGGCAGCCCUGCGGAGGUCCUGGGAGCAAGGCGGGGGCCCUGCCCCACCCCAGGGCCACCGGCUGGUUCCGAGCUCGCCGGCCGGGAGCGGCGGCGCCCUCCGGGCAGCUGGACAAGCUCCGCCUCACCAUGCCCACGGGCUGAGCACGGCCGCGCCCCGCCGCGCUCCCGGCCGCCGCAGGGCCUCGUCCCGCCUCCCGUGGGGGCCGCGCGCUCCUGGGCCGGGGCCCCGGCGGCUGACCAUGGUGCUGCCGCCCCCAGACCGGCGCCACGUGUGCCUGACCACGCUGGUGAUCAUGGGCAGCAUGGCCGUCAUGGACGCGUACCUGGUGGAGCAGAACCAGGGCCCGCGCAAGAUUGGUGUGUGCAUUAUCGUGCUGGUGGGAGACGUGUGCUUCCUGCUGGUGUUGCGCUACGUGGCCGUGUGGGUAGGCGCCGAGGUGCGCACGGCCAAGCGCGGCUACGCUAUGAUCCUCUGGUUCCUGUACAUCUUUGUGCUGGAGAUCAAACUCUACUUUAUCUUCCAGAACUACAAGGCGGCGCGGCGUGGCGCAGCCGACCCCGUGGCGCGCAAGGCGCUGACGCUGCUGCUGUCGGUGUGCGUGCCAGGCCUCUUCUUGCUACUUGUGGCGCUUGAUCGUAUGGAGUAUGUGCGCACCUUCCGCAAGCGCGAAGACCUGCGCGGCCGUCUCUUCUGGGUGGCCCUCGACCUACUGGACCUGCUGGACAUGCAGGCCAACUUGUGGGAGCCGCCGCGCACCGGUUUGCCGCUGUGGGCCGAAGGCCUCACCUUCUUCUACUGCUACAUGUUGCUGCUGGUGCUGCCGUGCGUGGCGCUCAGCGAGGUCAGCAUGCAGGGCGAGCACAUAGCGCCGCAGAAGAUGAUGCUGUACCCGGUGCUCAGCCUCGCCACCGUCAACGUGGUGGCAGUGCUGGCGCGCGCUGCCAACAUGGCGCUCUUUCGUGACAGCCGCGUCUCUGCUAUCUUCGUCGGCAAGAACGUGGUGGCGCUGGCCACGAAGGCCUGCACCUUCCUGGAGUACCGCCGCCAGGUGCGCGACUUCCCACCACCUGCGCUUGCGCUGGAGCUGCAGCCACCUCCACCGCAGCGCAACUCUGUUCCGCCGCCCCCGCCGCUGCAUGGCCCUCCAGGGCGCCCCCAUGGGCCCUCGCCUACCCGUGAGGCGCUGGACACGUGACAGGGCCCAGCAGGACCCCGGAGCGCAGAGACACUGGGCCAACCUGGCCUGGUUUGCAUGGGAUGGGGUGGGGCGGGCUGCCCUCGGGCUAGUGCGAUGAGUGUGGGUGCGGUUCAGGGGCCGCGGCCGCUUCUUCAUCUCAGGAAUCCCUUGGACCACGGACCCUCGGUCCCCACUGCGCUAGCCCACCCCAGCGCACAGAACAGUUUUCAAGGCUUGAGCCCAGUGGAGGUGACCUGACCUCUGUCUGCUGAGCCUGCCCCCCGCGUGGGAAGGGAAGGCAGUGUGUGACGAUAUCUGGUCCCUUGGUGGGGGUCUCUGGCUCGGAGUUCAGGGCCACGGAGGCCUCUGUCAUUUUAAAGACUCGCGUUUACAGUUUUGUAUCCAAAGCCUCACCUCUCUGCCUGUUUCAUGCGUUCCUAAUAACUGGGCAGGGGUGUCAGGGAAGUGCCUCAGCGCAUGCACAGGUGGCUGUGGGCCUGCUGGGCCCUUGUGGGGAGCUCCUGCGCAGGCGGGGGUUGGGGAACAAUGCAACCCCGCCCCAGAGACCCUUCUGCCCGCUGAUCUCAUUGCUGGCUCCAACACAGGUACCACACCGAGCUG